GCGGGCAGAGCAACAAAACGCAGGCAGCGCCGCCGUGCGCCUUCCCUUUCUUCCUUUCCCCGACGAGCUCCAAGCUUUUGAAUCUCCCCGCCCCUCGACGCCGGCCGGGGCACCCCCGGCCCCUUCCCCUGGCUGGCUUGGCUGGCUGCAGAGCAGGAGCGCGCCUCGCCGCUGUGCUGCCGCUGCUUCUCCUCCCUCCGCCGCCAUACUGCGGGGCAACCCAAACUUGUUACACACUGGCACCAACUCCUCCUCCUUCGCUGGCCGCCCCCGUUGCCAUUCCCAUCAGUUGCUGCUGGGCGCGCAGCGAAGGGCCCGCGAAGCUGUUCCUGGGGAUCAAUGCAACAAAAUAGCAGAGAGGAUCAAGAAGUUGGAGAGCAGCAGCAGGAAUACAGCGAGUCCCAUAAUAAACCACUCUCUGAUCUUCACGUACUGAAGAUUUCUGGGCUACCUUGCUGGACCUCAUUUACUAUGCCAUAAAGAAAACAGAUACUUUAAAGAGUUAAUUCCUGGGAAGGAAAAUAGAAAAAAAUAAAUCCAAAUGGUGACAGGCAUCUCCCCAAGAACUCUGAGGCCCUUGUUGCAGGACUUUGCACUCUGUAAAUAGCUUUAUACACCAACCCAACGGAUCAGAAGCAUGUGCUUAAGAAGUAGAGGUUUUGCUGAGGCUCCUUCUAGAAAUCUUUUCCGUUCUCUGCUGUGGCAAAUGCAUGCCUCUUGGGGGAAGUGAUCUGUCAGAUAGCAGGCAUUCGGAAGCACCCUCGCAAGGAACUGACGGCUCGUGCGCUUAGUAUAAAGAUGCCCAUGUCUUCGCAGACCCUCUGAACUCCAAAGGCGUUUCUUCUGCCAAAUGAACUUUUGCUGCUGUGGUUGCCCAUCUGCAUUCAUAGACUAAGGACACUUAACAUGGCUCUUGUUCUAUAUGGGGCUGUGAGUUUAUUUCUUGGGAUGGCAGCAGCGUUUGGCCCAGUGCCCCGGAUUACGUGGGAACACAAAGAAGUUCAUCUAGUAUAUUUUCAAGAGCCCGAAAUAUUUAACUACUCAACUUUGUUGCUAAGUGAAGAUAAGGAUGUUUUGUACGUAGGAGCUAGAGAAGUGAUCUUUGCGCUAAAUGCAUUGAACAUUACUGAAAAAAAGCAAGAGGUGUUUUGGAAGGUCACAGAAGACAAGAAGACGAAAUGUGCAGAAAAGGGCAAAUCCAAACAGACAGAGUGCCUUAACUACGUCCGUGUCUUGCAACAGCUGGAUGAUACUUCACUUUAUGUAUGUGGAACUAACGCAUUUCAGCCCAUCUGUGAUCAUCUGAACCUGACAUCGUUUAAACUUGUGGGUAGAAACGAUGAUGGCAAAGGAAGGUGUCCAUUUGAUCCGGCACAAAGUUAUACAUCAGUUAUGGUUGAUGGGGAUCUUUACUCUGGAACGUCUUACAACUUCCUGGGAAGUGAACCAAUUAUUUCAAGGAACUCUUUGCAAAAUCCUUUACGGACAGAAUAUGCAAUUCCUUGGCUUAACGAACCAAAUUUCAUUUUUGCCGAUGUGAUAAGAGCUGAUCCAAACAGUGCCGAUGAGGAUGACGACAAAGUGUAUUUCUUUUUCACUGAGGUUUCUGUGGAAUAUGAAUUUCUUGGCAAGCUGAUGAUUCCAAGGAUAGCCAGAGUUUGUAAGGGGGAUCAAGGUGGACACAGAACUUUACAGAAAAAAUGGACAUCCUAUCUCAAGGCCAGGUUGCUUUGCUCUGUACCAGAGAAAAAUUUAUUUUUCAACGUUGUCAAUGAUGUCUUCAUCCUGAAGACUCCAAGUUCGAAGGAGCCAGUGAUCUACGGGGUUUUCUCCCCACAAUUGAACAACGUCGGGCUAUCAGCUGUUUGUGCCUACAACAUCUCGACAGUGGAGGAUGUUUUUGCCAAAGGGAAGUACAUGCAAAUCGCGACCGUUGAGCAGUCCCACACAAAAUGGUUGCGAUACAACGGAGAGAUUCCUAAACCCCGGCCUGGAGCGUGUAUAAACAAAGAGGCCAGAGCAGACAAUAUCACGACUACGCUCAACUUACCCGACAAAACCUUGCAGUUUGUCAAAGACCACCCUCUGAUGGAUGACUCUGUGGCCCCAAUUGGAGACCGGCCCCGACUGGUGAAGAGAGAUGUGAAGUAUACACAGAUUGUGGUAGACCGAGUCCAGGCCCUGAACGGCACUUUGUAUGAUGUCAUGUUCAUCAGCACAGACCGAGGAGCCCUUCACAAAGCCAUUGGCUACGAAAACGGAAUGCAUAUCAUUGAAGAAACGCAGCUCUUCCCAAACUUUGAGCCCAUUCAGACUCUGCUACUUUCUUCGAAAAAGGGCAAGCAAUAUCUCUAUGCCGGGUCCAACGCUGGAGUAGUCCAGUCUCCUGUUGCAUUUUGUGACAAAUACACCAGCUGUGUGGACUGCGUCCUGGCAAGAGAUCCGUACUGUGCUUGGAAUCCCCAUGCCUCACUCUGUGUCGAUAUCUUCAAAGAGAGGGAGAUCGAAAGGGACUGGAUUCAGAAUAUUAGUGGCGAUGCUUCUUCUUGUACUGCUGAUAAAGUAAGAGAGCAUUAUCUGCAGCACACUUUCAAGCAUGGCAGCACUGCAGAGCUAAAAUGCUCUCAGAAGUCCAACCUGGCCCAGGUGGUUUGGAAAUUCAAGGACGAUGUGCUCAAGGUGGAAAGUCCGAAGUACCGGCUGCUGGAGAAGGCGCUGCUGAUCUUCAAUUUGUCCGAGGGCGACAGCGGCGUCUAUCAGUGCCUGUCGGAAGAAAAAGUGAAGAACCAGAAGUUCUCGCAAGUGUUGGCGAAGCAUGUUUUGGAACUGAGGAAAGUCCAGCACACCACUCUGAGCCCCACCCAGCCAACCACACCGACGGAACGCAACGCGGAAGCAGCCAAAAUGCCAACUGUCGCAAUCCAAGACUCGGCCGCUCACAUGUCCACCUCCCCGGUGGUACCAGUCACAACGUCCAGGAUAGUGACGAAUCCCAUUGUCCCCACCCUCAUGAGCACCGCACCUGACGUCGAGCUCUUGAACUCUCCUCCCGAGGUCUCUGCAAAGACCAUGUUUCUGAGGUCCAACGAUAACUCCCUCUUGAUGUUCCUCUUCCUCUUCUUUUUCGUGCUCUUCCUGUGCCUGUUUGCCUACAACUGUUACAAAGGGUUUCUGCCGGACCAGUGCCUGAAGUUUCGUUCCGCUAUGUUGCUUGGGAAGAAGAAGCCCAAGGCCGAUUUCUCUGACUGUGAGCAAAGCGUGAAGGAGACCCUGGUGGAGCCAGGCAGUCUCCUGACCCAAAGCGGGGAGCACCCAAAACCGGCACAUGACACGGGAUACGAGACUGAAGCCGACUAUGGAAACGGCCAUGUUCAACACGAUGAGGACCAUUCGCAGUCUUACAAGGAAGUCAAGGACAAACCUUUUGAUGUCAAGUGCGAACUGAAAUUUGCUGACUCGGAUGCUGAGGGGGAUUAAAGGAGAAAAACCCCACCUCCCCUAAUGAAAGUACUGUCAUUCUGAACCGUUUGUUUCCGAACACAAAACAUUUUAGAUGUGAUAACUGGGCCAGAAAGGGCUACGUGUUCUCAGCUUUUUUGAAGUGACACAUUGUCAUUUCACACCUGGAUAGAGCAGAGAGAGAUCUCGCAUUUUCUGAAAACGGUUCUGUUACACACUUAUUUCUUAUGUGUUUCUUCUUUAUUUUAAAUGGCCAGUUACGGUUUCACACGGUGAGCUUCUAAGCUGCCCUCCCCCUGCUCCCCAGCCAAGGAUAAUUUAACACUUGCGCAUACUGACUAUUUUGAUUAAUCCCUCUUUUUCAUAGAAGGUAAAAUUAACUCUUGUUGCAGAGUCAUACCAAAAAGGAUUUCAGUAGCUCCUGCCUGCACGUAUUUAACUGCCAUUAAAAAUCUAAUUUCAGUUUAAUUCCAAAUUGGAAAUGAUGUUUAGUUUAUCAGAUUGGUAAAUAAUAGCCUUUUUGUCCAGAUUGGGACAUUUCUUUGCAUCUAGUGAUUUUAAUGCAUUUGUCUGGUAGUUUUAGCUGGUGAAAGAAAUGUUGGAUCUUUCCAAAACUGUUUGUGUACCUUUUUAGAAUAUGAUGUAUUCUAGAGUUGCAUAAGGUUCUCAGGGAUAAGCUUUGGUUAAUUAUCUCCCCCCCCCCAUUUUUAUUUUUAUUUUAGAGGCGUUGAUAUGGUAAUCAUUUUGAGAGCUUAAUGUUCAUUUUUGGGUUGUGGGGAGUUUAGCUUUAGAAAAAAGAUGUUAAAAAGAUGUAGUUGGACACUGCCACAUUAACUGAUUUUAUGGAAUUGUUUUAAGGUUUUAAAAAGUGGAUUAUUGUGGACAAACAGUAGUCACUGAACCGCAGCAGUGUGAGAGGCUUCUGUUUCAGAGAUACAAUGCGGACCUUGGCAAACAUGCGAUGGACUUCUCAAAAGAGACUGUUGAGGAUGUCAUGCAUUUUGUAACUUUUCCCCACAGUUUGGGAAGCAAUAGGGCUCCAGCCUCUCUCACCCCCAUAAUCAACUUUGCCAAAUAUUUUCACUGUUUCUUCACAACUUCCACCAAUGUUUUCCAAAAAGGCAACUGGAGAAAAGAAACCAGAGAAGAGCAGAAAACUGCCCAAAGGGCCGACCACUUUAUCUCUCCUGGGACUCAACAACGGCACUAUUUGUCUGUAAAACUCCUUUGCGCUGUACAGUUUUUAAAAAUCCUUGUCUCUCGCUGUCUUUUGUGUCUCAUGUAAAUAUGGUUAGAAAUAGAGACGACUGAGUAGGCAACAUGUCCCAAAGUCCUUUUCUUUUCUUUGUUCCUGUUGAAAUAUUUCCCCAGCACACACCUUAGAUGGUCUUAGUGUAAACUGUUCUAGAUUUUGUAUGGUUCAUUUUUGCUUUUAUUUUUCUAUUUUUGAUUCUGUAUAUAUGAAAAAAAUAAGGAAAUAAAUAUUGAAGUUCA